UAUUAAUUCCUCGUAAUGUUUGUUGGGUUGCAUUAUGCUAAUAUGCACUUGCUGCAGGUUAUGUACGUGGGCACUGCACAAGCCCGUACGGUUAUAAGGGAAUAUGAAUUUUACUUUCCAAAGAAUCAUAAGAAGGUGAAGAAAAAGAAAUCUGGCCAAAUUGUUAGUGAAAGUAAGCAAGAUAGAAUCAAGUUUGAUGUUCUGCUAACAUCAUAUGAGAUGAUUAACUUUGAUGUAGGAACACUGAAGCCUAUAAAAUGGCAAUCCCUGAUUGUUGAUGAAGGCCACUGGCUUAAGAAUAAGGAUUCGAAAUUAUUUUCUUAGUUGAAACAGUUUUCUAGUAGCCUUCGGGUACUCUUGACUGGAAC